AGCCUAGCUGCGCCGCGAGCCUGCGGCCCCUCAGCUCCCCUAGUCAUGGCGCUGAGGCGGCGGCCGGCGGUCCGGCUCUGCGCCCGGCUGCCCGACUUCUUCCUAGUACUGCUUUUCAAGGGUUGCUUGAUUGGAGCCGUGAAUCUCAAAUCCAGCAACCGAACCCCAGUGGUACAGGAAUUUGAAAGUGUGGAAUUAUCUUGUAUCAUUACGGAUUCACAGACAAGUGACCCCAGGAUUGAGUGGAAGAAAAUUCAAGAUGACCAAACCACAUAUGUGUUUUUUGACAACAGAAUUCAGGGAGAUUUGGCAGGUCGUGCAGAACUAUUGGGGAAAACCUCUCUAAGGAUCUGGAAUGUGACCCGGACAGACUCAGCCCUUUAUCGCUGUGAGGUGGUUGCUCGAAACGACCGGAAAGAAAUUGAUGAGAUUGUUAUUGAGUUAACUGUUCAAGUGAAGCCAGUCCCUCCUGUGUGCAGAGUCCCGAAGGCUGUACCUGUAGGCAAGACGGCCACGUUGCACUGCCAGGAGAGUGAGGGCUACCCCCGGCCACACUACAGCUGGUACCGCAACGAUGUGCCACUGCCCACAGACUCCAGAGCCAAUCCUAGAUUCCGAAAUUCCUCUUUUCUCUUAAACUCUGAAACAGGCACUCUGGUUUUCAAUGCUGUUCACAAGGAGGACUCUGGGCAGUAUUACUGCAUCGCUUCCAAUGAUGCAGGCUCAGCCAGAUGUGAGGAGCAGGAGAUGGAAGUCUAUGAUCUGAACAUCGGUGGUAUUAUUGGGGGAAUCCUGGUGGUCCUUGCUGUACUGGUCCUGAUCACUGUGGGCAUCUGCUGUGCGUACAGACGGGGUUACUUCAUCAAUAAUAAGCAGAAUGGCGAAAAUUAUAAGAGUCCGGGGAAGUCAGAUGGAGUGAACUAUAUCAGGACAGAUGAGGAGGGCGACUUCAGACACAAAUCAUCAUUUGUGAUCUGAAAUCUGAUGGUGUGGCUGACGGAGCACAUGCAAAUACCUCUACCAGAAACUCCUAUCAAGAGCAGCCCGGGAGCCAAGUGCACUUGGACAGAGCUAGACACUUGCGCAAAAGCUUUUUGUUUUGGCCAAAGUUGACCGCUACUCCUUUCUUACUUUUUAACAAGCCACAUGAAUAAAAGAAUUUUCCUCGA